AUGGGUGGUCUUCGCUGUGUCGUUUAUUUAAGUUUAGUGCAGAUCGCAUUGACACAAGGCUUGAAAAAUCAAAAUCAACAAAACUGGUUGAAUUUUGGGAAUCAGAAUGCACAGCUGUCGUUGAAUCCAGUUUUAACCAGAGGAUUCGGCACCGGCACCCCCAUCUUUAAUCAGAUUGGCAUGGGCAACGUGCCAGGGAACAUACCAAAUGGAAUUUCAAACGUUAAUUUGGUAAAUUCUAUGCUAAGCAAUCCGUACGCUACUAGAACCAACUUCAACUGUGCCAAUAUGGUCAGCAAAAAUGUCAAUAGCAAUGGAGGCUUCAUGAACAGUUUAGCAAAUUUCUAUUCGAAAAUGCCACUAUCUUUACAAGAUAUCACAAAAUCAAGCGCAAUAAUAGGAAAUCUAGGUGGCACUAAUACUUUGAAUAGUUUACAAAACGUAGCAACACAAAAUUUACUUAAUGCUAAUUUAAUGAACGUAGAUUCAGUACAACCAGGCUCAGCUAAUAUAGAAGGAAAGCAACUGGUGCCACUUUAUGAAGCUAAAUCAAACAUAGUAACAGCAACAAACACGCCUGACAGUAUAAACCAUUUAUUUAAUGCAAAUUUUCCCUCGGUACUUGCAUUAAAAUCAAGCGCAAUUGCAGGUAAUCCACCCAAUUCUAAUAUUCUUAACAACUUACAAAAUGUAGCAGCACAUAAUUUAAUUAACACUAAUUUAGCUAACAUGGACGCAGCCCAAUUUGGUCAAUCUAAUCUAAUCCAAACAACAAAUUUUCCUGACCACUUAAAUCAUUUAUACAAUAGCAAUGUACCGUUGGCAAUUAGGGAUUUGCCAAAUCAACCAUUUGGGCUUCAUGUUCUGGCGGAUGGCUUGAAUAUUGGCGGGACAGUUUCAAUAGCUGGCAAUAUGCCAAUUUACGGAUCAGUCGCGCUAAAUGGCAACUUGCCGACAGACGGGUCCGCCAUUGUGAAUUACGGUUGUUCUUGA